GCGCCCAACGCAACCGCCUCAACCAACAGCUUUUCUCCCCGGAGUCCCAAGAAACCAAGAACCCCUCGCCCUCUCUCCACCGCUCAGCGCCCACCGCCUCAGCUCUCCGGCGCCGGCGACCGAUGGACCUGUUCCACGACGGGCACCACGUGCGGCUGCGGAACCUCGUGCAGCGCACCUACCUCCACGCCGCCGACGACGGGGUGGGCGUCACGCUCCGCGAGCCCCGCGCGUCCAUGAACGCGGCGUGGGCGGUGCACAUCUACCACGGCGACGAAGGCCCGUACUUGCUCCUCCACAGCGCCGCCUACGGCCGCUACCUCGCCGCCGCGGCCAGGCCGGCACGGCUCGGCCACAUAGGCCUCCGCGCGGAGCUGAGCGAUUACGACCUUCCGGAGGUGGAGGCCAUCAUGUGGCGGGCCGUCGGGUCGGGCUUCGAGGACGACGUCGUCCUACCUCCGCGCCAAUGGCAAGUACCUCCCCUGGAACUCCUCCGGCGUCAGCGUCGACGACGACGCCAGCCCCAUGAUGUACUGGGUCGUCGAGCCCAUCCCCUUCAGAGAGGCGGGCAUGCCUGCCAUUCCUGGUCCGCUUCCGACUCGCCCAAGAUGCCUCUCCGCCAUAUUCUGUUCGUGCGGGCGCUCGAGGAGGUCGACGGCUGGCGCCUGUUCUUGUUCAAGGGGAGGUCCGUGUUCCGCCUGAGGGACGACCUGGCGUUCCGCGUCGCUGCCGGCGUGGACGACCCGAACAUCGCCAUGUGCGUCCGAGCGGGCCGCUACGGGAGGCUGACCCCGCUCGUCGUGCCCCAUGGCGGCUACGGCGACGGCGAGAUCCUCGAGAUUGUCGUCUUCCUGGCCGGGACCCCUGGCUACGAUGCGCUGCGAUACCCGGAUGUCGAUGCAUAGUAGAGGAAGAUCAGAGCGGGAGUCCUGACAGUUCACAAGUUUCGCUGCCUCGGAUAUGAUGGCGUCAACUUUUGCCUAUAGAUGGAUAAAUACAGAUUCAGAAAACUCAGCAGGUCUCGAUUCAGAACUACUGAAAGUGUUGCGACCAAUGGCUGAACAAUUUUGUAGUGAUGCUGGAAUGUAGUACCUCCUCUAACAUUCAUGAUAUGAUUGCCAUGGCUUCAUAGACAAAGCGUUUCACCGUAGGGUACUUGCAAUAAGUUGAUGGUCCUGCAAUAUUUUUGGAUCGUGCAUUUCACAUAACUGGAAAAUGCAGUAGCUUUUGCAAUGAGCUGAUGGUCCUUCAUUCCUUUU